CAAAGAUACGGUACCGUACCCAAGUACUCGUAGUAUCAAUAUCGACAGUCCAUGCUUUGGGAACUACUCGUACGAGUACCAGCCGUGACGACGGUGGCAGUUGUUGGCAGCAGUGCGUACGAUACUACGGUAGGUACCAUUCAUCAGACUACUGUCGCAAAAGCAACGGGGAUACCACGCUUGUYUCUUGGAUUUGGCAAGUCGGACGCCAACCGUGCCGAUUCUUGCGAAACACCGAUGGAUGCCGAUGGUUGCGCUGCCCCUCCGGACGGGGAGCCGUCGCCAACACCAGCGUCCUACCGCCUUCUGGGGGCAAGGAUCCACGGAGACCACGCGGAGGUCCUGGAGUUCCAAUCCCCCACCGCGGGCGUCGGCUUUCUCCGGAUGCGGCCCAACGACSUUCUCGUCGAGGUCUGCUUCUCGGACGCCAACCCCGUCGACCUCCAAAAACUAAGGGGCCGCSGGAGCGACGCCGGGCGUCCCUUUGACGCCCCCCCGCACGUUCCGGGAUGCGGCGGAUCGGGCAGGGUGGCGGSGGUCGGGACGGCGGUUCCGAACGAAGACGGCCGGUGGGCCAUCGGAACGCCGGUGUGCUUCCUCGCGGAUCCCACCCGGCCGGGGAGCUACGCCACCCACGUCGCCGUCGACGCGAACUGCGUCGCGCCGAUACGGAGCAGCGCCCCSGGGGGGGAUGCCCUUCAGGCGACGAUGAGGAGCUGCGCCUCGAUCGGUGUCGCCGGCCUCACCGCCUACGAGUCCCUGCAAAAGUGCGGCCUAAGCGGUGCGGGCYSSURCGGGAGCCUGCUGGUGGUGGGCGCGGCCGGUGGCGUCGGCUCGUGGACCCUCGUCCUGGCCAGGGCCCUGAACCCGUCCCUCGAGAUCGUGGCCACGGCAUCGACCCCUGACCAGCACGAGUGGUGCACCGCASUGGGGGCAAACAGGGUCAUUCGGCACGACGAGAUCGGAGCCAAGCUCGGGGGAGGCCGGGAGGGAUCGGUCGAUUCCAUCGUGUGCCUCGCGGAGCCGGCACCCGGGUUGUUCGGGGCCCUGUCCGAGGUGAUCCGGCCGUACGGAUCCAUCUGCCUGGUGUCGGCGGGGGAAUCGAUAAAAUCGCUGGACCUGGGCUUUUGCUUCUUCAAGUGCGUCGACGUCAAGACGGAGACGGUCUUCUCGAGCAUCCGAACCGGGUACCGGAAGAUCGUCCCCGCCGAAGAACUCGGGUUCGUUGCCGGCCUGGUGACGAGCGGGAGGAUAAACGCGCCCCUGUCCCCGGACGCGGAAUCCGGGAGGGUUUCGGAAUCCUUCCGGGACGCGCUCUCCCAAAAGGGUGUCUUGGAAGCACUGAGCCGGCCCACRGGGAAGCGCGGGAACUUUGUGAUGCGAAUCGACUAGCAUGGUGCGGUACGCUACAAGAACCAAAGCCACGGCGUUUCGUGCCCCUUGUACGCCACGAUUUUUAGGCUCUUGCG